CGAUUUACUCCGUGCAGAUCCAUCCUCGUUGGCUUUGGCCAUGCCAUCGGCAGCUUCCUCGCUCAUGCGGUUCGCCGGUGCCGCUCGCUCAGCUGCGGCGACCGCAUCUCGCUUCGCGCGCUUAGCUGAACGAGCGGCCCUCUCCACGAAGGCGGCGGCGGUCGAACGUCACACUCCCAGCUUGGAUUCCCACCAUGCCGCCACCGUAGAUCCGCGUCUGCACCGUCCUCCCGCCGUCGUUCCUCCCCCCGCCAUGACCGCACCUGCCUCCCAGACGCUCAGCAACUUAGAAGAACAAAUGCCGGAAGGCAAGGUGAAGUUUGUGGCAGAGGAGAAAGACCUUGAGUCAGAUGAAACCCUCUGGGCCUUGUAUGAGCGCUGGUGCGAGGCUUUCAACCAGAAGCGUGACCAUGAUGAGAAGCUUCGCUGGUUCAGCACAUUCAAGAAGACCGUCCUGCACAUCCACAACAAGCCCAAUGUGGGCUACAGAAGGGGAAUAACCCAAUUCGCUGAUGGAAAGCUAAGGAAGCCCUGUUGCACUGACCUGCUUGAUCUUAAGAUUGCAGAGCAGGCUGACGGCCAUAAUGUUGAAUUUAUCACAGAUGACAGUGGCAAACUUUACAAGCGAGUCUACGCCGAUUAUAAAGUGGUUCGAGACAGACUUUAUGUCCAUUUGCCCAAGGGGGUUGAUGUGAAAACCAUCACCAGCAACCCUGAAUGGGCUGAGCUGGAAAAGUAUUACUCCACCAACCCUGAAUGCUAAGUUGUGCUAUGCUGAAUUGGUUGUUGCUCUUCUGCCAAAGAAGACAUCUGUGCUAAGUUGUGCUUUGGCAAUGCAUGCAUGCAUGCGAAUGCUUAAUAAUAUUUGUAUGCAGACUAUGUUAAUGCUUUUGUAAGAUACUUUGAAGUUUGUCUAAGGUGUUAUAAUAAUCUGGAACUCAUCAUUUGGUCGAAAUGAAAUGGAGUACAGAUUACAGGGUUUGUGAAAUUCUUUCCAAACUAGACCAUGCGCCGGCAAGAGGUGUCAGGUGCUGAAGUUGCCGGAUGGAUGGUGGCAUUCUUGUGCGUGGUAUCUGGGCUGCGUGUGUUUGAUGGGUGCUGCGUUGGGCACUUGUGGGCGUGUAUAUGCUGUGGAGGAGCACGCAGCAGAGAUGUGCUGAACGGCAUUACAGAUUGACUGUCUGAACUGGCCUCACCCCAGCGUAAGUUGUGCUUUGACUAAGUUGUG